UGGAGAUAUGCAUUUCCCUGAGAGUCGUUGACUCGGCAAAUACUAAGGGCUCAGUGGCUUAGCCCUCGUCAGGUUUGUGGGCAGGGCCACAUGGAAGUAAGAUGGGGGAUGUUGCUCCAUAAGUGGAUGUUAUUGCCGCGCAUUGCCAUGCAUCGACGAUGAUUGCCUUCGGGGCACGACCGUUCACGCCCGUCUACAGGGUCAGGGUCAUGUCUUCCUUGAUCCGUUUUACGGAGAGUUCCUGUUUGCGACAAGUCAAUAAAUCCUGACACCACCCGGCCCUCGAGAGCGAUUCCUACCAUCCUCAGAUUUCCAUUGCAAAGACUCUCCAUACCAGCCUGCGCUCGUUCUUCUGACUUGACCUGUACUCGUACAUAUCCUCCUCAUUCGUUACCUCGAUAUUCAACAUGCGUUCUACACUUUUCGUCGUCGCGGCCACAGUCGCAUCUGCAACUGCUAGCUUUGUUUACCCUGAGUUUGUUCCUCUUCAUAAACGACAAGCACCAGGCACACCGCAAUAUGAUUGCCACGCGGACUGCGGUAAGAUGAGUUAGCCCAUAACUACCAGCCACCUACUGACCAUGUGUCAUUUAGGUGGUGUGAUUAGCAUUAGCCGUACCGAGAACUAUUGCGAGAGCGCAAAUUUCACAUCUGGCCUGGAGGCCUGCUUGGAAUGUGCCCUGGAGUUCGAUAUCUGGCGCUACUACGGUGACAGUGUUUCCACUGCCGCCGAAGGUUGUGGCCUCGAGGCCGUCCCUGUCGCUGCCAAUGGAACAGAUGUCAGUUCUACUGAUGCAGCGGCCACGACCUCUGCUGCUGCCGAAACUACUACUGGAUCUGCCGAAACCACCGCCGCUACCACCGCCGAGACCACCGCCGCUACUGAGAGUACGGCGACACCUACUUCUGAGUCUUCUGCUGCCGCCUCUGAGACUGCAUCUGGCACAGGAGCACCUGCCCAGAGCACCAACGGAGCAUUCAAGAACAUCGUUUCUGGAGGUCUCGCCAUGGUUCCCAUUGGAGCACUGUUGGCUGGAUGGGCCUACUAAGAUGCCAGCGGAGGCUAGCCCAUGACCUUCGAUCGUGCCAACUUGAGUCACAGAGGUUGGUCGCGAGACAUCAUUGGUAUGGGAUCUAGGACUCAGAUGUUUGACAAUACCAGUAUAUAUAUCUUGCUUUAAAGAGAGUGGGAUGGUAUAUACUACCCAUGUAUAUAAUGCAACAAGACCGAUUGAUCUAUUCGGCCUGUCCUACACGUAGAUGUCACGUGCUUUCAGCUUUAUCACCCAAAACAACUCAAUCCAAGAGACGCCAGAGUUCCCUGGGCCUCCACAAUUAAGUAUCCUCAAUGUAGUAUAUGAUAAGUCAGACGUGUUAACGUGUAAG